UUAUUUCGGAACUGUAUUUUAGAAACAUAAACACACACAGUUCUGAUUCUCUGUAUCCGGUACAGUGAAGUUUAGGGCUGCAGGCUUGCGCAGUUUGGAAGGAGGACAGAGAACCGACCUACAGCAUAGAGGAGCUGCGUGGUUUGCGUUCAGAUUUGCACAUUUACCGGGUAUAACCGAGGUGGAUUUGAUUAUACGGCACUAACCCGCCCAGGCUGGAGGUAACGAUUUAGUGUCCAUUUAUAAGGAGAUGGGAUUUUGGCUGCUGGCCACAGCUGAAACAGCCCAAGUGCGACUCGGUUCUCCUCUGAGACCCCCAGCGUAUCACCCAUGAUUUCUCUCUGGUGAACACACACCGGGCAGCAUGUUCAGGAACAGCUUAAAGGCACUACUCAGCGGGGGCAAGUCCAACCGCAAGAACCGCAACAGUGGUGGCACCUCAGCGGAUGGCGAGUGUGUAUUCGAGGGUGAUUACGGCGUGCCCCCUCUCCCGGUGACUGAGGGCAUGCAGCACAUCCGAAUCAUGGAGGGAGUGACUCGCUCCCUGCCCUCCUCACCACUCCUCUCACACCAGGCACUUAACAUGAGACUCCAACCGCUCAAGAGACUACCAGGCGAGGACAGUCAGGAACUGGGUCCACCUCCAUCAGUGGACGAAGCUGCGAACACUCUGAUGACGCGACUCGGCUUCCUGCUGGGGGACAAAGUGUCGGAGGGGUCUGACAGAGCCACCUACGGCCUGGAGGAACAGGACGAGAGUCAGGCCAUAUCCAUGACCCAGAGAAUCAGUCCAUGCUCUAGUUUGGCCAGCAGCUCAGCAUCACCUCCUCCCGGCAGCCCCUGCUCCACUCUACCCACCGGUGCACCGGGCAGUUUGGGUGCCUACGGCUCCAUCACCAGCCCCACGUCUACACUGGAGAGCAGGGACAGUGGAAUCAUCGCUACUCUCACAAGUUACUCGGAGAAUCCUGAGCGGAGCGGGAAACAUGGCGAGAGCUCACGCAGCAGCCUCAAACUGCGCCAGACCGCCAAAUCUUCAGGCACCGACUCCUUCCUGUACCGCGUGGACGAGAACAUGGCCGCCUCUACAUACAGCCUUAACAAAAUCCCAGAGAGGAGCCUGGAGCACUCCGCCUCUCACUCCGCCCACUCCAUCCCUCUCUACCUCAUGCCUCGUCCCAAUUCAGUGGCAGCUACCAGUUCUGCCCACCUGGAGGACUUGGCGUAUCUGGACGAGCAGCGACAGGCUCCGUUACGGACGUCCCUGCGAAUGCCUCGUCAGAACUCUGGCGCCGGACGCUCCAGCCAUGAUCUCAGAGUGCGCUUUGCCCCGUAUCGAGCACCGGAUAUCACUCUGAAGCCACUGCUGUUUGAGGUACCCAGCGUCACACCCGACUCCGUGUUCACGGGCCGAGAGUGGCUCUUCCAGGAAGUGGAGGCUCACCUGCGUAACGGCGACACGACCAGCCAUGGCGUGGUCAUCGUGGGCAACGUGGGCUUCGGCAAAACCGCCAUCAUCUCCCGUCUUGUGGCUCUCAGCUGCCAUGGCAACCGCAUGAGACAGAUCGCUUCGGACAGCUCGCAUGCCUCGCCAAAACACGGAGACACGCUACCGCUUAGUCAGCCCCACGGGGGUCAUGGCACCCUGGUGGGGGGCAGCAGCUGUCCUGGCACUCCGGAGAUGAGACGACGUCAGGAAGAGGCACUGAGAAAACUCUCCUCGCAGGUGGUGGCGUAUCACUACUGCCAGGCGGACAAUGCCUACACAUGCCUGGUCCCGGAGUUUGUGCACAACAUCGCUGCGUUACUAUGUCGAGCUCCUCAGCUGCAGGCAUACAGAGAGCUGCUGCUGCGCCAGCCUCAUCUACAGAGCCUCCUCAGCCUGCGCUCCUGUGUUCAGGAACCGAUCACAGCCCUCAACCGGGGCAUUCUUGAACCCCUUUACCAACUGCAAAGAGAGCGGAAGGUAGCAUGUGAUGAGGAUCUGAUCAUCCUGAUUGAUGGCCUGAACGAGGCAGAGUUCCACAAGCCUGAUUACGGCGACACCAUCGUCUCAUUCCUGUGUAGGACCAUCGAGCGUUUCCCUCCCUGGCUCAAACUGGUGGUCACGGUCAGGACCUCCCUACAGGAUGUCACUCUUCCACUGCCGUUCCACCGAAUCUCUCUGGACCGUUUGGAGGAGAGUGAUGCCAUUGACUCAGACCUGCAGGGUUACAUCCUACACCGGCUUCACUCCAGCCAGGAAAUCCAGAACAACGUGGCGCUAAACGGCAAACUGGACAACGCAGCCUUCGCUAAGCUCAGUGCCCACCUGAAGGGCUUGAGUCGGGGCUCCUACCUCUAUCUAAAACUCACUCUUGACCUCAUUGAGAAGGGCUACCUGGUGCUCAAGAGUUCAAGCUACAAGGUGGUGCCAGUGAGCCUAGCCGAGGUUUACCUGCUGCAGCUGAAUAUGCGUUUCCCCACGCAGUCAUCAUUUGAGCGCGUGCUGCCCUUGCUCAACGUGGCCGUAGCUUCUCUGCACCCGCUGUCGGACGAGCAGUUGUUCGGGGCGGUGAACGCCGGGGCCAUCAGGGGGGCUGUGCUACACUGGGACGAUUUCCUGCAGCGUGCCGAGCUCCUCACACCCUUCCUGAUAAAGAGGAGGGACGGCACUCGCACGUUCGUACACUCCUCCUUUAGAGAAUGGCUCAUCUGGAGAGAGGACGGAGAGACCCGAUUUCUCUGUGAUCCCAGGAGUGGCCACACACUUCUGGCCUUUUGGUUCUCCAGACAGGAGGGCAAACUCAACCGGCAGCAAACCAUCGAACUCGGCCACCACAUUCUCAAAGCACACAUCUUCAAGGGGCUGAGUAAGAAGGUCAGGGUUUCCUCGUCUGUGCUGCAGGGACUGUGGGUGUCUUACAGUACAGAGGGUCUGUCUGCUGCCCUAGCAUCUUUGAGAAACCUCUACACUCCUAACAUCAAGGUGUCUCGCCUGCUGAUUCUAGGUGGUGCUAAUGUGAACUACCGUACGGAGGUCUUAAACAACGCCCCGGUGCUGUGUGUGUAUGCUCACAUGGGUUACAUGGAGACGGUGAACCUGCUGCUGGAGUUCGGUGCGGACGUGAACGGGGCCUCUGAGAGUGGCCUCAGUCCUUUGGGCUACGCCGCUGCUGCUGGCCACCUGACCAUCAUUACCGCCCUCUGUGCCAAGAAAGCAAAGGUGGAUCAUGUGGACAGGAACGGGCAGUGUGCGCUGGUGCAUGCAGCACUGCGGGGCCACCUGGAGGUGGUGCAGUACCUGGUACAGUGUGACUGGAGCUCAGAGGAGAUGCAGCAGUCCAGCCUCAGCAAGGGUCACGCCAUCCAGCAGGCUCUGGUUGCAGCUUCCAGCAUGGGUUUUACUGAGAUUGCUGCAUACCUGCUGGACCUUCCCGAGAAAGAUGAGGACGACGAGGAGCGUGCUCACGUUAACAGUUUUGACACCCUGUGGGGUGAAACAGCUCUGACUGCAGCAGCUGGUAGAGGGAAGCUGGAUGUGUGUGAGUUGUUGUUGGAGCAGGGAGCUGAGGUGUCACAGCCCAACCGGCGUGGCAUCGUGCCACUCUUCAGCGCUGUACGCCAGGGCCACUGGCAGAUCGUAGAGCUGCUGCAGAACCACAGUGCAGAUGUAAACAUGGUGGAUAAGCAGGGCCGGACUCCUCUGAUGGUGGCUUCAUCCGAGGGCCAUUUAGCCACAGCCGAGUUUCUGCUAGAACAAGGUGCAUCCUUGGCUCUGACGGAUAAAGAGGGGCUCACUGCUUUGAGCUGGGCAUGUCUCAAAGGUCACCUCCCGAUCGUCCAUCUGCUGGUGGAGAGAGGAGCGACUACAGCUCACGCCGACAAGAGCGGCCGCACACCGCUGGACCUUGCAUCUUUCUACGGAGACUCAGAGAUUGUGCAGUUCCUGGUGGAUCACGGUGCGAUGAUCGAGCAUGUGGACUACAGUGGGAUGAGACCCCUGGACCGAGCCGUGGGCUGCAGGAACACAUCAGUGGUGGUAGCGCUGCUGAAAAAGGGUGCAAAGAUAGGAUGUCAGACCCUUCCCAGCAGGGCUCGAGGUCCGGCGACAUGGGCGAUGGCCACCUCCAAGCCUGACAUCAUGAUCGUCCUCCUGAGCAAGCUGAUUGAAGAAGGAGAUGGAUUCUAUAAGAAAGGGAAGGUGAAGGAGGCAGCGCAGCGCUAUCAGUACGCACUGAAAAAGUUUCCUCGAGAGGGUUUCACUGAGGACCUGAAGAGCUUCCGCGAGCUCAAAGUCUCCCUGUUGCUCAGCCUGUCGCGCUGCAGGAGGAAAAUGAACGACUUUGGCAUGGCGGAGGAGUUUGCCUCCAGAGCUCUAGAGUUGAAACCCAAAUCCUAUGAGGCCUUUUACGCACGAGCCCGCGCCAAACGCAGCAGCAGGCAAUUCCACGCAGCCCUGGAGGACCUGAAUGAAGCCGUGCGACUGUGUCCCAGCAACCGCGAGAUCCAGCGGCUGCUGCAGCGAGUGGAGGAGGAAUGUUGUCAGGUCGUUCUGCAACAGCAGGUGGAUCCGCCCCCCUCACCUCCCCGUGACCCAGCUCCAAUAAUGUCACCACACCCUCCUCCACUUGAGCCCCGCCUGUCUGACAUGGAGCCUGUGCAGGACCUGUUCGAAGAGGGGGACGACUACCUGGAGCGGGAUUUGGACGGUCUGCCGCUGGCCGUUACCGCUGAACCCCGCUCCAGUCCCUCAGGGUUGCCCGUCAUUCAGAACAUGCCACCUUCCCCCAGCCAUUUGCCUUACCUUUCCGGGGGGGUCUCCAUGGGUCAGGCAUAUGACCUACGCCCCAGUCCGCCGUCAAUGUCCUCCCCAACACGCCAGGGUUACCAUUCAUCCUCUCCAUCACUUUCUCCAACUCAUCAAAGCACCCAGUAUCGUCCGAGUCCCCCUCACACUUCACCAGCCCACCAAGCAUCUUCAUCGUCAUCCUCUUCCUCAUAUCACUUCAGCCCUCCGCCUUCACCUUUACGCCGUGGACCCUACGCUCCAGAGAAUGCAGGACUUUACCGACCCCAAUCCGCCUCGGUCUCCAACAGUCGCUAUCAGCAGGAGGUGUUUUCAGGUCGGCCCAAGUCACCGUUGGCUAAAAUGAGCAGCCAGCGCUCAAUUCAGCAGCAGAGCCAAUGGUUGCAGCCAGCCAAGGCUCAAAUUGUCCGCACAAACCAGGCCACCGGGCAGGUACACUCUGCUGGAUAUUCCCACAUGGCCCACCCUAUAAGAGGAUCCCACCCUGGGGACAUGGACGAGCUCGGGGAAAUGGUCUAUUCCACUCCACUGCACUCACAAGGCAGUUUAUAUAUGGAAGAAGAGCUCUCUCAGAGACCCUCGCAUGCAUACCGACCGAGUACCGCAGGACCCCGCUACGGCCAAGUCCCACCACAGAUCAGUCGCAGUCAGUCCGCUGCGUAUUACCCCGUCCAGCCUUACGAAACCGAGCGGCAGGUCCAGCUUUCUUCUCCCGAGCACCAUCACGGUAUGCGCCGCCCACUUAGCGCCACCGGUCCCACACCGCGCCCGCUCAUUCACUCGCAAAGCACCGGCCUACGCUUCUCGCCGUCCAGCAGCAGCCUGGCCGUGGGCUCGACUUCAAACCUCGGCCCGGGAUUCAGGCCCUCGAGCUCUGCGCAGCAAAUGGAGAUCCCGCUCAAUCUAGCGUACGAAGGAGAAUACAGCGAUGACCUUUCGCCUGUUUCUCCACCGCAGGGCACUGAUAUGCGAGUUUUGGGUGGUACGUAUCCGGGUGAGGCUUUGAGAGCACGUUCCACGCCCUUUAUGGGCAUCAUCGACAAGACAGCACGGACUCAGCAGUAUUUUCAACAGCCUUCCUCUAGCUCUUCCACUUCGUCACGCACUUGGGCUGUGUCGUCCUUGGACACGGUGGUUUCCAGCCCUGCAACAUCACCCGGAAACAUGACCUACGGGCACCUCGCCUAUUACAACCGCACCAACAAUGCUCACAAUGGGCAUUUAGUGGAGGACGAGUACUAUCGCGCUGAUAGCUCAGGGCGAGUGAGUCAGGUGCCUACUUAUCCGGAUAUCAAGGUGGCACGGACGCUGCCCGUCUCCCAGGCCUACACAGACGCCGACUACAGACAGGCAGGACACGUCGACCGCCAAGGUCCUUCGUCUCCCAUUAAACCAAAGAGGCCCUUUGUUGAGUCCAAUGUGUGAGAGACCAGACAUGUAACCAUGUACAACGAUUCAUGUAUAUUGUAUGCGAAGCUACAUAUAUGGACCUUUGGUGUGUGGGUGGUGAACAUAUGCAGUGCAUUUGUUCUGGACAUAUAGUGAGGAACCACGACAUGCAGGAUGCUUGAGAUGCAUCAAUACCAACACUAGUAUCUUUGAAAUAUUAAUGACACGCCCUACAUAUUGAUCUCCUGUGGUAUUGUAAAUAAGGACUUCUGUCAGUUAAUGAUUCCCAGCAGAAACUACGCUAAUGCUAAUAUUUAAAUGCCUCCAUAGUUCAGCGAAUCACAUUUUACACCACGCUGACCCUGCUGACCAUGUCUAGUUUGUAUUUGUAAAGCAAAUAUGCUGUCCUGUAGUGCACUACCAACACAAGCGGAAUGAAAGACAUGGCCAACAGCAUUCCAGUUCAGAUCUAAUCCCUCCGGGUCCUCAUGCUCCCCCUAAUGAACUCUUUGAGGCAGCGUAUGAGUAAGGCAAGGUACACCAAUACUACACUGUGUAUGAUCUGUAAACUGUGCCACUAUUGGGGAAUAAUUUCACAGCGAGUCUUGAGGUUGCCAGGUCCCAUCGCUCUAGAGCAUUGCUCAUAAGUGUGGCCUCAUCUGUAGAGUAGAUACUGCUACACAAUGACUUCCUUAAAGAAAAUGUACAUAGCUA